CUGGGUCACAGGAAGUAGUUAGUUGCAGGAGACGGCUUCUUCUUUUAGACUGUUUCUUUUAGCUUGUCUGUCUUUGCUUCCUGCAGUCUCUGGCUGCUGACUCUCCAGUGAUGUCCUGGCUGGACAAGGAUAAGAGUCCACCCCCAUGUCUAAUCCAGAGACUGGACCACCUAGUGCUGACUGUGAAGAGCAGUGAGGACACCGUAGCCUUUUAUUCUAAAGUCCUGGGCAUGGAAGUAGUCACCUUCAAGGAAGACCAGAAAGCACUAAAAUUUGGCAACCAAAAGUUUAACCUCCACAAGGCUGGGAAGGAGUUUGAGCCCAAGGCCCGUAGCCCAGUUCCUGGUUCCACAGAUGUCUGCCUGAUCUCGGAGACCCCUCCAGACCAGCUGGUGGAGCACCUGAAGAUUGAAGAAGGCCCCGUGCCUAGAACUGGUGCCAUUGGACCAAUCACAUCCAUCUACUUCCGAGAUCCUGAUGAAAACCUCAUUGAAGUUUCCAGUUACAACACGGACUUGGCUGCGGACAAGAGAAAGUGAAAUACUAGUUGAAAUCCUUUCUCUCCUUAUCCCCUUCCUCACUGAUUUUUAUGUAAGACAAAUUAGCCAUGA